AUGUGGGGCCUCGAUUGGAAGCACGCGAAGGAACGACGGCUGCCGGGGAACGGGCCCAACCUCUUCCUCCUCGCCUUCGAGGGCCUCAAGGAUGUGGCAGGGGCGAUCGGGAAGCUAGGGACGUUCCUCGAGAAGAGGAUGACCGAGGAGGCGAUGAAGAAACUAGCGAACCGCUCCUUCGAGAAGAGAACCCCAUUCUCCCCGAAGACGUACAUCCACCUGAAGACGUACAUCCCCCGCUACGAGCGCCUGGUGCCUGACGCGUGCGUCCGCGAAGGGAGAGCGGAGAGAGAACGGAGGUGGAGGCACGUGCUCGCUCGGGCCCGGCGGUUCCAGUUCCUAGGAUCCCUUCAUCCGUAUGGGCCUCUCCCGGCCUGA